AUGGGCAAACAAUUGAUCACCAGCAACGGAACAUUCACGACGACGACGACGACCUCCAUUCUCUUGGUGGCGAUACUGCUGUCCUCUUUAGCGACGAAGUCAACGGAAGCUGCGGCCGCCGACACCACCAACGCAACGGCGGCGGCCACGUCGACGACGAUGAUGCUGAGGCCGCCGGGGACGGCGUGCCGGCGGGGGACGAUGCCCACGAAGCUGGCGUGGCAGUGUUGGGUGGCGAUAUUCGAGGUGCCCCUCUGCAUAUUCGAGAUCGCCGACGUGUUCGAAGGCGGAUCCAUCUUCACCGUCGGGAAGGUCUGCUGCCACGCCUUCAUCGACCUCACCGACGACUGCAAGAUCGAGGUGUUCCAGCACGCCAAGUUCUUCCCCGUCGUCGAGAAGUUCUGUUCUAUCCUUGUCGCCGACGCUGCUACUGCUGCUAAUGCCACCGCCGCCGCCGCCGGUGACCGAGCUCUAUUACCUCCUGGCUCGGCUUGA